UCAGUUGCUCACGAGAAGAUCGCCGGUGAGGUAUCCGAAACCCACUUACGCUCUCGUUAGCCACAUAUACGAUAUAUCUCAGGGCAAUGCAAACGCCAGAAAACAACGACAGUCAGCUUAUUUUGGUGCAGCAGAAUUUAAGAACACUGCCUCAGGAAUUAGUUAAGAGCCAUGCUGAUCAUGUAGAAGUAUUGGAUCUGAGCCACAACUGCCUGAAGGAUCUGUCUUGGCUGUCGGAGUUUGAGCAACUGCGUCAUUUGGUCCUGGACAACAAUCGAAUGCAUGAGGCUCAUCUUAGGACAUUGACACGCCCACUGCCGCAGUUGGAGAUACUGAUGCUCAAUAAAAAUGAGUUCAAUGACCUACCCACGACAAUGCGACUGAUCAGAAGGUUCUUUCCCAACCUUGAGUAUUUGAGCCUCCAUGGCAAUCCUAUCUGCCCAGAUGGCUUGGAACUGCAGCCCUUCUCCAGUUACCUGCGCUACGACUACGCGUACUACAGCAACUACAUUGCACAGUCGCUCAGCAAACUUAAAUUUCUGGAUCACGGGCUGGUUCAACGCACCUACCAGUACGAAAGUUUCCCGCUCAAAAACUAUGCUGGAAAACCACUAAUACAAACUACUAGUUUCUGAUGUGGUGACCCCAUUAAGUUGAAAACAUGUUUUUUCCAAUUCAAAAUAAGAUUAUAAAGUCUGGUUAUAAGUAUACAUAUAAAGCACUGGAAUAUUAAUAAAA